AAUUCUCUAAUCAUGUGUGGCGGCGCCAUUAUCGCCGACUUAAUCCCUCGCCGUGACGGCCAACGCGUUACCGCUUCCGACAUUUGGCCUAACUCCUCCUUCUUCCAUUUCAACAAAAUUCGCUCCGAUCAAGUUUCAACUCCCCUCAAACGAACCCCCCUCCCGGCCUCUUCCGAGGCUUCGAAGCCCAAGAAGAGGCAGAGGAAGAAUCUUUACAGAGGAAUUCGUCAGCGCCCGUGGGGAAAAUGGGCGGCUGAGAUUCGUGACCCCAGGAAGGGGAUCCGUGUCUGGCUUGGGACUUUCAAUACUGCUGAGGAAGCCGCUCGAGCUUACGAUCGAGAAGCUCGCAAGAUUCGUGGAAAGAAAGCUAAGGUCAAUUUCCCUAAUGAAGAUGAUGCAUAUUCCAUUCAAGCUCCCAUUCCUCAAUUUCACCCUCAUCUUUACACUGUCCCUGAGAAUUCCGAAUUCCCCUACGAUCUCAACCAAAUCGGUGAUUUCACCGGCACUCACUUUCCCGUGGCGAUUGAGGAACAAUCCGGCUCUGGGUCGGAGGAUUCUUAUUCUCCACCGAAAAGAUUCGGUGUGAAAGAGGCUGAAGAUCAGAAGCCGGAGCAGAAGGUUAGCGUUAUUGCCGCGGCGGAGGAAGAGAACGAGGUGCAAAAGCUUUCUGAGGAACUAAUGGCGUAUGAGAACUACAUGAAGUUCUACCAAAUUCCAUACCUCGACGGUCAAUCGACGGUGACGAAUCCGGCUGAAGAACAAGUGGUGGGCGAUCUCUGGAGCUUCGACGACGAGGAUGGGCUUCACGGCUCUGUUUCGUCGUCUGAAUUAUGAUGAUUGAUGAUCCAAUAACUUCUCCAUAUCUCAAACCGGUUUCCUCCAUUUUCUAUUGUUGUUUUGUUAUUUAAUUCCAGAAUGUGUUUUAUGUAAUUUUCUGUCGUUGAACGAUGUCAAUUUGUUGAUAUGAAA